CAGCUCACAAACUUCAGUUUGGACUCUGAAAGCGGAGGACUCCGGAGCCGACCGGAGCCGCUCAAACCCGAGCCGCCUGUCCGCCCGCUUCCUGCCCGCCGGGAGUUGCGCUCUCACCGCGGAGCUUUUGCUCUUUUUAUUGGGCUGUUUUUGAAGUUUUCCCACCGUCACGUUUUAAGAACGGAGCCGCGUUUCGACUCGCUGUUUGGAUUAAUGAUUUUCAACUCAAGCCUCUUCUUCUUCUUCUUCUUCUUCUUUUAAUAUCCUGCUUCAUGUGUGCAGCUGUUUGUGUCGCGCUCUUCUGAGGACGGUUCCUCCGUGUCAGAAUGGAGAAAUAGCGGACCCCUUUGUUGUUUAUUUGUUUAUUUAUUUUUUUACUUUUCCAUGACCGCUUUUCAAAGACAGAGGGUUGUUUUUGGGGUGAAACGAUGGUGAGGAUGGAGGGGUUUCCGCUGCAUGUGGUGGUGUUUGUGCUGGCUCUCCUGGUAGUUUGUGGCUCCAGCUUUGAGAUCGGCUCCUACGACCUGGACCGAGGCAGACCGGCCAAGUGUGAGCCCAUCACCAUCCCCAUGUGCCAGGGGAUCGGCUACAACCUCACCCGGAUGCCCAACUUCAUGGACCACGACGACCAGCAGGAGGCUACCAUCAAGCUGCUGGAGUUUGCUCCUCUGGUGUCCUACGGCUGUGACGUCCACCUGCGCUUCUUCCUCUGCUCCCUCUACGCCCCCAUGUGCACAGACAAAGUGUCCACCUCCAUCCCGGCCUGCAGACCCAUGUGCGAGCAAGCCAGGGAGAGGUGUGCCCCCAUCAUGGAGUCCUUCGGCUACACCUGGCCCGACUCGCUGAACUGCUCCAAGUUGCCCACCAGGAACGACCCCAACGCCCUUUGCAUGGAGGCGCCCGAGAACGAAACCAAGGUGGAGGGGAAGAAGGGCGAGGGCAUGCUUCCGGUGCCCCCUCGGCCCCGGCAGCCGGGCGCCCCUGGCGGCCGCCCGCCGGGCCCCCUGGGCACCUGCGAGAACCCGGACAARUUCCAGUACGUGGAGAAGAGCCAGUCCUGCGCCCCGCGCUGCUCCCCUGCAGUGGACGUCUACUGGUCCAGGCAGGACAAGGACUUCGCCUUCAUCUGGGUGACGGUGUGGUCCAUCCUGUGCUUCGUCUCCACGGCGUUCACGGUCUUGACCUUCCUCCUGGAGCCUCACCGCUUCCAGUACCCGGAGCGGCCCAUCAUCUUCCUCUCCAUGUGCUACAACGUCUACUCCGUGGCCUUCAUCAUCCGCUCGGUGGCCGGGCCGGAGAAUAUCGCCUGCGACCAUGAACAAGGUGAGCUGUACAUCAUCCAGGAGGGACUGGAGUCCACUGGGUGCACCAUAGUCUUCCUCAUCCUCUACUACUUUGGCAUGGCCUCCUCUAUCUGGUGGGUCAUCCUGACCCUCACCUGGUUCCUAGCCGCGGGGAAGAAGUGGGGUCACGAGGCGAUUGAGGCCCACAGCAACUACUUCCACAUGGCUGCGUGGGGCAUCCCUGCCCUGAAGACUAUCAUCAUCCUCACGAUGAGGAAGGUGGCAGGAGACGAGCUGACGGGGCUGUGCUACGUGGGCAGCAUGGACGCGGGCGCUCUGACCGGAUUCGUCCUCAUCCCUCUGUCCUGCUACCUGAUCGUUGGCACGUCCUUCAUCCUCACGGGCUUCGUGGCUCUCUUCCACAUCCGCAAGGUGAUGAAGACGGAGGGCACCAACACGGAGAAGCUGGAGAAGCUCAUGGUGAAGAUCGGCAUCUACUCCAUCCUCUACACGGUGCCGGCCACCUGCGUCAUCGUCUGCUACUUCUACGAGAGGCUCAACAUGGACCACUGGAGGCUSAGGGGCCUGCAGACGAGGUGCGGCGCGUUCAGGGGCGCCGCCGGCGACUGCUCGCUGCCCACGUCCGUGCCCACGGUGGCCGUGUUCAUGCUGAAGAUCUUCAUGUCGCUGGUGGUGGGCAUCACCAGCGGCGUGUGGGUGUGGAGCUCCAAGACGCUGCAGACCUGGCAGGGCCUGUGCAGCAGGAAGCUGGCCGACAGGACUAGUGGGAGGAAGCCGUGCGGCGGCGUCAGCUGCAGCAGCACGCACUGCCACUACAAACCUCCCGCCGUGGCCCUGCACAUGGCCAAGACUGACCUGCACUCAGACAGCCCCACACACGUCUGACAGGGAGCACACACUCACACACACACACACUCACACUCACACACACACACACACACACCUGUGUUAAGGAGCUGCUAAAAGACUAUCGAGGAACUUGAGUGAAUUGAACUUCUCUGCUGCUGCCAAGAGGCACACAGGUACAGCUGUCACUCCCAGAAACUUUACAGAAACAGUAUUCAGCGCAUAAAAGGGAAAAACUCAGUAUUGUUACCUUUAUUUUUUUGUUCAUAAUGUUCAUGCAUAUAUAUAUAAUUAUUCUGUUAGUUAUGGGAGGAUGUUGAGUAUUUUUUCUUCCUAAGAGUGRCACAAUUAACUGUAUAAAUUUGUAUAAAUGCUUUAUUUAUUGUAAAUAUAUUUAAUUUAAAAUCCUUGGCUGAUACCAGGUUUGUUGUUUAGAUGCAUUCAUCACAAGUCAAGGGAAGCUAAGUGCCUUUUUUUCUGAUGAAUUUGGCCCUUUUUUUGGAGGAAAAUAAAUUUGUUGAAUUUGUAUGAAAA